AUGGCAGAUAUACCUACAUUUCGCAAUCUCUCCAUAGAGAGGCGUGGAAAUGUAUUCAUUCUGACUAUGCAAAAGCCACCCGAGAACCGACUCAACUCUUGGUAUUGUCAGGAAAUGAUUCGAGCUUUUCGCACCAUCGAAAAACUUCUGGGAACGGACUCAGAGGGCGCAGUCAUCACAAGAGGCAAUGAUGCCAAGUUCUGGUGUACUGGACUGGAGCUAGAUGAAUCUGACGGGAAUCCAUUUGCAAACACAGACGGAUUCUAUCCUCUUAUCCAUACGAUUCUCGACUUCCCUUUCCCGACCAUUGCGUUAAUAACAGGUCACACAUUUGGCGGCGCAUGUCCCUUGGCUCUGGCCCACGACUACCGCAUAAUGAAUUCCAAGAGGGGCUUUUUCUCAAUGCCCCCUGUCAACCUGGGCCUGCACUUUGAGGGAAUCGGAUCCCUCCCUAGAUUGAAGUUACGUCCUCAGGUUGCACGCAAAAUGCUUUUGGAAGCGCACAAGUGGACAGCGCAAGAAGCUCUUGAGGAUGGCAUUGUAGAUGUCAUUGCUGAGCCAGAGCGUAUGCUAGAGGAAGCACUGGAACUUGCGGCGAAGUGGGCGCCAAAGGCCAAGAUGGGGGUUUAUGCUUUGUUACGACAUGAGCUCUGGGGCGAGGCUAUCAAGAAGUUUCAGCGAAUUAGUUAUGUGCAUAGUCGAAUCACAUCGGCUCCUGCUAAGGCUAAGAUUUGA